AUGGGAAGCGAAGGUCACGAUUUAGCCACUCGAUUUGGUCAUUCCAUUGUGGAUCCAGUACCGAGUUUGUUCACCUUCAAGAUCAAUGAUCCGUUGCUGAUUGAGUUAGCUGGGAUUAGUUUCUCCAAAGUCCAAGCCAGACUGAAAUUAGAGAAUCAACGUCCGGAUUUGUCAAACCUUGAGCAGAUUGGCCCAAUGCUUGUGACACAUUGGGGACUUAGUGGACCGGUUAUUCUCAGGCUCUCUGCAUGGGGUGCACGUCAUCUCUUCACUUCUGAGUACAAAGGGCUUCUUAUUGUUGACUUUAUACCGGAUAUUAACAUUGAAGCUGCAAAAUCUCUACUCAGACAACACAAGCUGCAGUUUUCAGUAACGACAUCUUAUGUCUUUCACUCUUUUUGUUCUCUCUGUUUCUUGUUUUUGGUUUGA